GUCCUUCCCACAGAGGCCAUUAGUCCAGGGCCUUGUCCUCCUGUGCCAUUGGUUUGGCAGACUGGAUAGAGGAGGAAGUGCCUGAUAACCGGAACAUUCUUCCUGACAACAGUCAGGUCUUGAUUUCUGCACAGCUGUUCCACUCGCUCGCCCCGCCCCCCGUGGGCCUAUUGCCUGUGACUUCUCUUAUCCCUCCAGGGAGAUGCUGUCCCAUGGGUGGUUUCACCGGGACCUCAGUGGACCUGACGCAGAGACCCUGCUUAAGGGUCGGGGAGUCCCUGGAAGCUUCCUGGCUCGGCCCAGUCGCAAGAACCAGGGUGACUUCUCCCUCUCAGUCAGGGUGGACGACCAGGUGACCCAUAUUCGGAUCCAGAACUCGGGGGAUUUCUAUGACCUGUAUGGAGGGGAGAAGUUUGCGACGUUGACGGAGCUGGUGGAAUACUACACUCAGCAGCAGGGCAUCCUGCAGGACCGCGAUGGCACCAUCAUCCACCUUAAGUAUCCACUGAACUGCUCCGACCCCACCAGUGAGAGGUGGUACCAUGGCCACAUGUCUGGAGGGCAGGCAGAGUCACUGCUACAGGCCAAGGGCGAGCCCUGGACGUUUCUUGUGCGUGAAAGUCUCAGCCAACCUGGUGAUUUUGUGCUGUCUGUGCUCAGUGACCAGCCCAAAGCUGGCCCAGGCUCCCCUCUCAGAGUCACUCACAUCAAGGUCAUGUGUGAGGGUGGACGCUACACAGUGGGGGGCUCAGAGACCUUCGACAGCCUCACAGACCUGGUGGAACAUUUCAAGAAGACAGGGAUUGAAGAGGCGUCAGGUGCCUUUGUCUACCUGCGGCAGCCUUACUAUGCCACUCGGGUAAAUGCUGCAGACAUUGAGAACCGGGUCUUGGAAUUGAACAAGAAGCAGGAGUCAGAGGACACAGCCAAGGCUGGCUUCUGGGAAGAGUUUGAGAGUCUGCAAAAGCAGGAGGUGAAGAACUUGCACCAGAGACUGGAGGGUCAGCGGCCAGAGAACAAGGGCAAGAACCGCUACAAGAACAUUCUCCCCUUUGACCACAGCCGAGUGAUCCUGCAGGGGCGUGACAGUAACAUCCCUGGGUCUGACUACAUCAAUGCCAACUACGUGAAGAACCAGCUGCUAGGUCCUGAUGAGAACUCUAAGACCUACAUUGCCAGCCAGGGCUGUCUGGAGGCCACCGUUAACGACUUCUGGCAGAUGGCCUGGCAGGAGAAUACCCGUGUUAUCGUCAUGACUACUCGCGAGGUGGAGAAAGGCCGGAACAAAUGUGUCCCAUACUGGCCGGAGGUGGGCACUCAGCACGUCUAUGGGCUCUACUCUGUGACCAACUGUGGAGAGCAUGACACUGCUGAGUACAAACUCCGUAACUUACAGAUCUCUCCACUGGACAAUGGGGACUUAGUUCGGGAGAUCUGGCACUACCAGUACCUGAGCUGGCCCGACCAUGGGGUUCCUAGUGAGCCUGGGGGUGUCCUCAGCUUCCUGGACCAGAUCAACCAGCGGCAGGAAAGUCUGCCUCAUGCAGGACCCAUCAUUGUGCAUUGUAGCGCUGGCAUUGGCCGUACAGGCACCAUCAUUGUCAUUGACAUGCUCAUGGAGAGCAUCUCCACCAAGGGGCUAGACUGUGACAUUGACAUCCAGAAAACAAUCCAGAUGGUGCGGGCACAGCGCUCUGGCAUGGUGCAGACAGAGGCACAGUACAAGUUCAUCUAUGUGGCUAUGGCCCAGUUCAUUGAAACAACCAAGAAGAAACUGGAGAUCAUACAAUCCCAGAAAGGCCAGGAGUCAGAAUAUGGGAAUAUCACCUACCCUCCUGCUAUGAAAAGUGCUCAUGCCAAGGCCUCCCGAACCUCCUCUAGACACAAGGAGGAGGUGUACGAGAACCUGCAGAGUAAGAACAAAAAGGAGGAGAAAGUGAAGAAGCAGCGGCCGGCAGACAAGGAGAAGAACAAGGGCUCCCUCAAGAGGAAGUGAGCCUGGCGUUCUUCUGCAGCCUCAGCCUCUGUCCCUGCAGAUGCCUUCACUGGACAGACCAAGAUUUAUGGCUCACAGCAGACCCUAGGACUGCCCCCUACCCCCAUUCUAUUGUAAUUUAAAUGGCUGUGGUCUCCUGAACCUGUAUAUAGCCCAGCAAGGCCCCAGGCAGAGCCAGGCCCUUCUAGUCUUGUAAAUAAAGCCCCUGGACCACUGUGUGUUGCCUCCAA